GUUUUAUCAGUGAAAACAUAUUGUGUGGUACUCAACAACAGACUUCAAAUUAGUUCCCCCUUUAGGAAGUUUUAUAAACUGUCUAGGUGUUAUUUUGUAAAUCAAUCUGGCACUUGCGCUUUCUUAUCGUCUGAUUUGAAGUAGGAUUAGCCUACAUGACAACUGAUCGCUUGUAGAAGGAGGACAAAUUGAAGACAUCAGUGUGUAAUAAAUAUAGGCCUAUUAAUUUCCAAAGAAACAUUAUAACCAAUCACCGCAGACGAUCUUCGAGCUCUAAGCAGGCUAGGCAUUUGAAGCCUAAGCCCUUAAAAACUAAAUGAUAUCCCUCAUCGGCCUUGGUGACCACCCUUCUGUGUCCAUACAUUGAAUCAUGUCAAAAAAUAAAUUAAACCUCACAUUACCUCCGGGAUCAGUUGAUACAGUUAAUGUUGUUUCACCUUCUGCAACAGUAGCUAUUGAUACCGAGAAGCAGAAUAAUGAACCAGUGUCAGCCGGUGCUAAAAGAUGGUCACCCCGUGGCAAGCCUCAGUUGAAUCUGACGCCACGAAACACCGCCUUUAGUGAGUCCGUAUCGGUCAAGCCACCACCAAUAAAUAGGCACAGUUCUCUCUGUGGCAAAUCAAGCAUCGAGAUACUCCAGGAGCGACUAGAGGAGCUGGGGAUGGACGAUACACAGAGGAAGAGGAUGGAGUUCUUCCUCUGUCAGAAGGAGAAGAUCGGAGAGUUGACGGACGACGACCUGGAGAAGCUGGGGGAGUUGGGUGCCGGCAACGGAGGAGUAGUGAUGAAAGUGCGGCACAUACCUAGCGGACUCAUAAUGGCUAGGAAAUUAAUUCAUCUGGAGGUAAAGCCAGCAAUCAAAAAACAGAUCAUCCGAGAGCUGAAAGUGCUUCAUGAGUGCAAUUUCGCUCACAUAGUAGGAUUUUAUGGAGCAUUUUAUAGUGAUGGAGAAAUCAGUAUCUGUAUGGAAUACAUGGACGGAGGUUCACUAGAUCUAAUAUUGAAGAAAGCUGGACGAAUUCCUGAGAAUAUUUUGGGGACUAUUACAUCGGCAGUGUUGAAAGGCCUCAGCUACUUGAGGGACAAGCAUGCGAUCAUGCACAGAGAUGUCAAACCUAGCAACAUUCUGGUCAACAGCGCUGGCGAGAUUAAAAUUUGCGAUUUUGGUGUUUCGGGUCAACUUAUCGACUCGAUGGCCAACAGCUUUGUAGGAACACGGUCGUACAUGUCGCCAGAGAGACUACAAGGCACACACUACUCAGUACAGAGUGACAUCUGGUCUCUAGGACUGUCUCUGGUAGAGAUGGCCAUUGGCAUGUAUCCCAUUCCUCCUCCGGACGCCAAGACUCUGGCGGCCAUCUUUGGACCUAACAGCAACAGAGAGGGUGACCCUUCGUCACAAGCAAAUGGAAACGGGCCCCGCCCCAUGGCCAUUUUUGAGUUGUUGGACUACAUUGUCAAUGAACCUCCUCCCAAGCUGCCUUCAGGGAUUUUCUCUGACGAGUUCAAAGACUUUGUAGAUCGGUGUUUGAAGAAAAACCCUGCGGAACGGGCAGAUCUCAAAACCUUAAUGAACCACGAAUGGAUAAGACGAGCUGAAAGUGAUGACAACGACAUUGCUGGUUGGGUGUGCAAAACAAUGGGUUUGACUCCUACCACUCCCACGCGUACCAACCCUCCUUCUUGAAUCACUACAGCUUAGACUUCUCAGUUGGACCCCAACCUGGCAUUAUAAACCUAAAUAUUUCAUUUUGAAAACUUACUAGAGUAAUUCAACGAACAAGUCAUUAAUAAUUUCUUCUAAUCUUAGAUCACUUGAUGUGACGUUUUGUUAAUGAGUAAACAUGUUCCAAAAUAUAAUCCUGCAAAGGAAAA